AUGGUUCGAUUCUCGUCUGCUGCUGGUGUCGCGCUGGCGCUGGCCACUAGCACUCGUGCCCAUACCGUCCCUCUUUCUCAUGGCAUGUCACAGCUAAGCCAGCGGGAUCUGGCCAAGACUCCGCUUCUGGACAACUUUGAUGCCCUUACAGCAGACCCUUCUCGCAUCCCACCGAUAGUGAAAGGCACUGCUACCAAGUGGGAUGCGGGAAGAUAUCCGCAGAACUGCUACGAUAAGGCUCGAGAGGCGAUCAGUGACGAUGAUGCGCGCCCAAAGUGCCAACUCGGCGACCUGGAAAUCUACGAUGUUACAUAUGAGGACUGCCCCUCUGGUCGUGACCCCUGGGUUCUAUGCCGAUGCGCAAACGCUGAGCUCAGCCUUCAAGACACCAUCGACGGCAGCCCACAGAAAACUUGGUUCAGUCAUGAAAGCAUGCAUUGCAAUGACCGGGAUGGCUUCGCCUUCUCCAACGGCGACGUCUUCAACAACGCCAUCAACGCUGACUCCUGCGUGCCUGACGGCUACGCAAACAACAACCCCACCGAGGACUUCGCCCAGGUCGGAACCUACCUAAACUACGACAUCAACGGCCAUGCCAUUGACUAUACGGGCAAAGAUGCUUCGUGCAUGAACAACCAGCUCAACGCUGCAAGGGACUACCUUGCUGAGCGUCUUGACAAGAACGGAGCCUGCUUCAAUGCUCCUGGCACUGACGGCAUUGCCAACGGCAAGAGGAGCACUAGCAUCGUUGAGAGGGACCCCAACUCUUCUUACGAAAAGUUGCUUCCGCACACUCCUUACGCUCAUGGCGAGUUCUUUUAG